AUGAUUAUGGAUAAAGGACAACCAAUAACCUGCCCAAAAGCGAGAACUGAGACCAUGCGAAAAAGAAUGGAGUGUUACACAUUUGGCGAAAGCGUCUCUCGAGCUAAUUAUCUGAAAGAAAAUAUGAUUCAAAAUUACCCGGCAGACUGA